CCAAGGUGAUGCAAUUAGGAGGAAGUUGAUAAUAUCGAACGCCAACAUCACCAUUUCAAAAGCAUUUGGACAAUAGAGUACUACGUCGACUUCUCCUGGUUGUUCCUAAUCAGACAUAACGCUAUAACUGCAUUAACGUAGUCUAAAUGGCAGACACUUGGUGGAACCGUGCGGCAGUCACCCACUUACUGGUGGCUCUGUUUGGAAUGGGCUCCUGGAUUUCAGUUAACUCCCUCUGGGUGGAGCUGCCAGUCAUUGUGAGAUUCUUGCCAGAAGAAUGGACUCUCCCUGCUUACCUGUCGGUGCUGAUCGCCUUUGGGAACCUUGGUCCAGUGGUGGUGACGCUCACACAUCACUUUGCCCCCCGUCGCCUGAAUGAGCAGCUGCUGAUCCACAGUAUCCAGGCCCUGGCAGUGGUGGCCGCUGCCCUACUGGCGCUGCUCUGGGACUACAAGAUAGAGGUGGCCGGGCGCAAGCACUCACUGGCCUUCCUGAUGCUCACCUUCGUCCUGGCCUUCGUCUGCUGCACUUCCAACGUCUCCUUCCUGCCCUUCAUGUACCGCCUCCCGCCGCAGUACAUCCGUACCUUCUUCAUCGGCCAGGGCCUGAGCGCGCUGUUCCCGUGCACGGUGGCUCUAGGUCAGGGUGUGGGGAAACUUGAGUGCAGGACCGACGUCAAUGGUACCGUUAAGCCCGACUACCUGGAUGCGAACUUCCCGCCCCAGAACUUUUUCUGGUUCCUGGUAGUCAUGCUGAUCGUGUCGGGCCUCUGCUUCGCCGCGCUGAGUCAGAGGAUCUCUGGGGAUGGAGAAGCACAGCAGGAGGUCGCCGUUCCUGACCCCGAGCCGCAGAACGGCGAGGCAGUGGGCGGGGAGACACACCCGCUGCAGAACGGGGAUGUAGUCGUGUGCAAGGAGGAGGCGGAGUUGGAAAAGCCUGCGGCGGCUCCUGAACCAGCGACCUUCUGGAAGUCAAGGAACAUCUACUUGCUGGUGCUGCUGGGCCUCUCGAAUGCGUUGACCAAUGGGGUGCUGCCAUCUGUUCAGACUUUCACUUGCCUGCCCUAUGGGACCAUGACCUAUCACCUAUCUGUCGUCCUCGGCAACAUUGCCAACCCUCUGGCCUGCUUUGUGGCCAUGUUUGUUCUCCUGAGGUCUAGUGUGGGACUGGGCAUAAUGGCCUGCGCUGGAGGUGUGUUUGCUGCCUACCUGAUGGCUCUGGCUGCCCUCAGCCCCUGUCCACCCCUCCUGGGCAGUGCAAGUGGCAUCUCCCUUGUUGUGAUCUCGUGGAUCAUUUUCACUGGGCUGUUCUCCUACCUGAAGGUUGCGAUCGGGACGCUGCUUCAUGAGGCGGGCCACGCGGCACUGCUAUGGUGUGGGGUGUUCAUCCAGGCAGGCUCCCUGCUUGGGGCACUCUCCAUAUUCCCCUUGGUCAACAUCUAUGAGGUCUUCUCCAGUGGCAAGGAAUGUGUGGACAACUGCAGCUGACAAUCUCCCGAUCUCCAGAAGUGUUGUGGGAGCAUCCCAAACUGGUGUGUGAUCCGAAGUGUAAUGAACAUGUAAACAAAGAAAUCAUAGGGCAGGAAUGCCAUUUCACGCGUUCUGUAAGCUAAACAAAGUGCCUUGAUGCUGUAAGGUCACUGGUUGAUUUAUGGCCUCCUGCCUGGGUAUUUUCAGUGUCUCCUCCUUGCACUCACUUGCUGCUCCCACUUUUCAUGCAUAUGAAGCAUUUGUUAGACUCAAAUGUUGUAUCAGGGAACUGGAAUAUUUUAAUGAGUCAGUCGUAUGUUUUGUAAGUUACUCUCAUUUAUAGUGAUGCUGUUGAAAUAUUAUGUUAGUCAUAAUAGAACAGUUAAUGCCUUUUUACUGUAACUUUCUCAAUUGCCUCUAAUGGCAAGAUCACAAGUGUUAUUUGCAGCCUUACAGAAACAGUGACAGUAUUUUAAUGGCUGAAAAACAAUGCUUUGUUUGAUUGGAUGACAAGGCCAAGACAAUGUAAUUUUAAUCACAGAAAGAACAUAAACAAAGGAGUGGACCAUCUAGUAGAUUUCGUUAGACCAUUGUAUACUGUGACAUGUCUGACAAUGUUGUUGGCAGAUUCUACAGAGAAAAAGGCUCCCUAGGUGAUAAAGAAUACAAACAUUUAUGGUAGACACCAUCUUAGAAACAAUUGAAGCUCCAGACUGUGGAAAACAUCUCAGUGAUGCUGUAUGUACCAUUAUUAUUUUCUGUAACAAGGAAGUCAGUAUAAUCAUGGGAAGACAUUAUGUCUCAUAUCUUUGAGUUUUCGGUAACACUUUACUUGACAGUAUCGACAUAAGAGUGACAUGACCCUAACCUUAACUUGUUAUCCGAAUGUCACUUAAUAACAGAAGCGUUAUGUCGUAAACGUUUAUGACUUGUUUAAGACACGUUCAUGACAGUGUCAUGUCACUCUUAUGUCGACGCUGUCAAGUAAAGUGUAACAGAGUUUUCUUUAUUAUUUUAUCUCAAAUGCACAAAUUGUAUUUGCAUAUACUGGUAUCUGGGAAAGUUAUUUGUUAGUUAUUUGAGGGACAGAAGACUAUUGAAUUAGAAUAGUAUUAUAGCACAAACAGAGUUGGUAUGAAUAACUGAUUUUUCAGCUCAGAAUGAUGUUGCCAUUGUUGAUAUUUGAUGUUUAUUUUUUAUUUUGAUGAGGUAGUGUUUGUUAUUGUUUCUUGGUUUGAAGAUGACCUCUCAUUUUAUGUUAAUCUAUGAAAGUGCAUAUUUUUAGUUGUUGCCUAAAAGUGCCUUUUUUUUUUUUCAAAAACAUCCUGGCCAUGAAUAUACCAGGGAAGUUGUGGUUUGUUCAAUGUCCAAUUAUGAACAACCUUUAGUUGAUGUAGUGUAGUGCAUCAGGGGCCAUUCAGAUAGUGAUAUUGCUGUUGUCGGGUAGAAACUUUGUAUGUCCAAAUCCAUUCGUUUUUGCAUUGUCAUCAACAUUGUGUCAUCAAAAAAAAAAAAAAAGCAAUAUGGAGUUUUCGAGGUUACGAGGUUUCCACCCGACAGCAGCAAUAUGUUAUAUCAUGGCUAUGGGGUUAUAUUGCUUACUACUGAAAUGUUAAGAGACUACUGGUUGUUUUCUCACAUCAAGUAACGGUGUAUUAAUAUGGAUCUGAAGGACUGUUCCAAGAAAACUGUUGUGAAGUGAAGCCAGUGAGAUUAAUUACCAAUUGAAUUCCUGAGUAGUGUGAUUUGUAUUCUGAAAUUAUAUGAACAGUUAACAAUAUUAAUUGUAGCUCAGGGAAUUCCAAAUCUAAGCAUUUUAUUGUGGACUUACUGUAUAUAUUGUGCCAAAAGUAGUAUUGUAUCUAAAGGGACCUUUCAGUUGAAGUGGAGCGCAUUUUGUUUUGUAUGGUCAUUCCAUUUACAUCAGAUUACUUUGUCUUGUAUAUAUACAUUAGACAAACCACACAAUGGAAAACAAUUAAACAAACAUGCUGACUUGCAUCAUUCAUUACCGUCUUGUACGCACCAACUUUAUUGUCAUUUUAAUCAUUUUUUUCCUUUUAUUGUAGUGCCUGAAAGGAAAGUAAUACUGCAGAAAGUAAUUGUGAUGUUGAUAUUUUAUCCAACGGAUUUACCAUAGUGUUUCAGUGUGCAAUGAUAUAAUUUCUACAUACGUGAUAUGUGAUGAUUCAACAAAUUAAAAAAAAAUUAAGAAAGAACAUGUAACUUUGUUCAUCUGAGAAAUUAGAUAAUUUAAUCUGAGCCAACUCUAAUAAAACUCUAAUUGUGUUUACUAUGGCACUGAGACCAUAAGCCAUCAUUACACCAUGUAUUCCUUUAUCCAAUCUAUCAUUUUUGUCUUUCGUGUUUUAAAGGAUUAUCUUUCUUUUUUUUAUUAUCUUUUUUUUCUUUAAAUGGGAUUCAAGCAGGCCUGGUCACUUAUGUGGUGUCACAAGAAUGUAUCCUUUUAUGUACUGUAAGCCACUUUUGAAAUAAACGAAGAUAACUGUAA